AUGGCGGGUGUUAGCAGUAAAGAGUUUUAUUUCAAUGCUGUUCAACUUUUAGCCCGAUCUCUGGCAAAUUUGAAACCAGCACCGAGGGAAAAGGUCAAUCAUUUGGUCAGUAUGUGUCCUCAAGAAACAGCACAGGGGAUCUUCAAAUUUGAUCAACGUGGACAAGAAGCAGUUUUUGCUUUAGGAGUAUUUUUUUUACAGUCGGAGUACCAAUAUCAGGAUAUAAUUUUUCCCUAUUUUAUGAAAUUGCUGAGAGGCCUUGCCAAAGCAAUAUGGAUUGAAGAAGCCAGGAUACAUGACACUGAUCGUAUUCCUGUUAGUGAGCGUUUUGCUUUUUGUCUGAAUACAUUAUUGUCUGACAUUGCAUGUUUUCAUGAAAGCUUACGAGAUGAAAUAAUUGCGGCUCAAGUUGAACUACUGGGUACUUUGGCUAACCUUUGCAGGAACUAUAAAGAAAAAGAAUCAGUUAAUUCUCGAUGUAGUGCUGCAAGAGUUACACUUUGCAAGUCAGUGGUUCCUGUUUUCAUAGGAACUGCUCGAGCAGUUGGUCGAGCCAGCAAGCAGUUCCCCCCUCUCUUUUGCCGCAUGUUUCCCUCUGUCAUUAACUCUGUGCCAAAUUCUCCGGAAGCUCCAAAAUUACACAAAGUUCCCAGUAGUGCCUCCUUCAAACAGCGUACUUUUCAUAAUUUUCGGCCCAUUCUGCAUCGUUCCAUGUCUGCUGUUUCUCGCAAUGCCUCUAGUACUGCGUUGACAAGUCAAGAUUCUGGAGCUGAUUUAUCAAUUGCUGGAAGCAGUGGGCUAUCAAGCAAAAGAGCUUCACUCUACAGCCAGUCAUCCCUGACGUAUGACCCCACUAGCUAUUACUUUUAUAAGUUUGGCUCUAGCUUUGGUCGUAUACCCGCAUUUGGCCGUGUUGAACAUGAGCAGCAUCCCUUACUGUUUUCUGUGGCUCACUUACAAGCAAUGCUGGCCAUUGCAAAAAAGUUGCUUACAAAAGAUAUGUUGGAAUUUUUGGAUGAACAAGCUAGUGAAAUUUACAAUUCAGGUCAGCUGAAAAUUUUUCCUUACAAAACCUUCAGUGAAACAAUAAAUUUAGUUCUAGUAACUCUAUUGCGUGAGCUGUUACAACCACAAAAAAAUUUGCCAUCUCCUUUUACGAAAGACGUUCAGGAAUUUGUUCGAGAUUUAUUUCUUUCUGGACAAACUGAGCUUCAGACAAGACAGCAUGAUGCUAGUGAACGUGAAGAUAAAGAAUCAAAUUUUACCGUAGUCAACAAAUUUAAAGUUAAUGUUCAAACAAAUGCUGCUUGUGUUGAUCUAUUAGUAUGGGCUGUUUCAGAUGAUAUGGGUGCUGAUGCUCUCUGUAGUCGUCUACAAGAAAAAAUUCAUUCAUCACACUCAGCCAAAAUAGCUCUUGCUCACAUGCCAUUGCUAAUGGUUUGCUUGGAGGGCUUGGGUCAAUUGGCAGAGAAAUUUCCUAGCAUUUCUCAUAGUUGCAUAGAUGCUUUACGGGACUUUUUAGUCAAUCCUUCUCCUAUACUCUUGCGGUUAAAUCGCCAAACAAUGGAUCACAGUGUUCGAAGUGGAAAUUUGAGCAUUAUGGUGACAUCAGAAAACCCAUCUACUGUUUAUUCUGCAACAACUACUAGUUCAGGAACAGCAUUUGAAAAUUUGAGGGAUACUGCAAUAGAAAAUUUAUGCAGGGCAUUAAAAGCUGGUUUAAGUAAUGAUACUCACUGUGUACAAGCUUUUCUAGCUUCUGUGUCAAACAGGCUUUAUCAGGCCGAAAAAAGUGAUAUGGAAUCAACUUUAGUCUCUACAAAUACAAUUGUAGCUUUGGGCCAUGUUGCCGUAACGCUGAAAAAUACUCCCCGUACGAUGGAAUCCAUUCUACAGUUUUUCCAACAAAGGUUUUGUCAGCCACCUUCAAGGUUAGAUUCCCUCAUUGUUGAUCAGCUAGGAUGCAUGGUUAUAGCCAAAGGGGAUAUUCAUGUGCAUGAAGAAGUGAUGAAAAUGUUUACAAUGAUCACUGUGGAAUCCAGUUCUGCUUACAAUGUUGGAAGUGCAGAUGGGAGAAAACAAGGCUAUAGACACGUUUCCUUAUCUGUGAUAAAUGCCCUCGCAAAUAUUGCGGCUGAUCUUGAAGGGGAGGCUGAACAAAAUGAACUCCUUGUUAGACUUCUUGAGUUGUUUGUUCAACUUGGUUUGGAAGGGAAAAGGGCCAGUGAGAGAGCUCCCGCAGCAUUCAAGGCAUCCAGUAGUGCUGGUAACUUAGGAGUUCUAAUCCCAGUGAUAUCUGUGCUUCUUCGUCGUAUACCACCUAUUUCUUGCCCAAAACCACGUCUUUUGAAGCUGUUCAGAGAUUUUUGGUUGUAUUGUGUUGUUAUGGGUUUUACUUCUGAAUCAGGUCUGUGGCCGCAAGAAUGGUUUGAGGAAUUGAAGGAAAUUGCUGCAAAAUCUCCUCUUUUAGUAUCAAGAGAGCAUUUAAGAUCCGAGUUGCAGUAUAAUUCAGCUAUUCGAGCGGAUGCAGUUUCUGUUUCUGAAAUUCAAGAGCUGAGAAGUCAAAUCGUGGGAUUAUUAGACCAUCAAGCAGAUGUUACACCUUUAAUAAAUAAGCUUAAUUUUGCUCAGUGUACAUAUUUGUUGUCUGUUUAUCAUCUUGAAACUCUGAGAGUUCGCCAUAUUCAAGAGAAAACCCCAUUCCAUUGUAUGCUUCAGUACUUAGAGGAUCCAACCAUUCAAAAAGAUAAAGCUGGAAUCUGGCAGUGUAUUGUAGCAGUUUCGGAUAAAGUGUUUCAGACCUAUUUAGAUAUUGUCUCAUCAAAACCCCGAAAUAAGGAGCGAGACGAUGAACUUGAGGAACAUGCUACAUUUUUACUUGUGAAAUUCAACCAUCCUCAGAAGCAAAUCAGACGGGUAGCAGAUAAAUAUCUCUCAAUGCUAGUAGAUAGAUUUCCUCAUUUAUUAUGGAGUGGAAAAGUACUUUGGACAAUACUUGAUAUUUUACAAAUAUUGGCUCUCUCUUUGAAAUGGGAUGCAAAUGAAGAAAUACCAGAGUUACUUGUUCCUCGUACAAACUACAAGCUUGCUUUGACUGAUGCUAUUGACACACGCGAGAAUAUUGUUAGGGAUUUUGCUGCUCGGAGUAAAGGUAUUUUGCAAGAAGCAGUAAAAUGGGCACCAAAUGUUACUCAUUCCCACUUAGUUGAGUAUUUAACAGUACGUCAGCAUGCUUCUGAUGGUCUCAAGCAUCAUAGUGGUCUGGCAAUGGCUGUGGAAAGUGUGUUACAAUUUUCUGGACUUAAUUUGUUAUCUUCCCCUUUAUCAAAUUCUACAUUAGAUAAAUGGCCGGCUUGUGUAAAAAACAACUAUUCAGAGUCUGUUGCUUCAAUAAACAUAAGGUGUCAUUAUGCUGGCGAAAUUGAAGGUUUUCUGGCUGUAUCUGAUGAAUCUGAAGGUUACUUGGAAAAUGUAGCAAAUCAAUUGCUGCAAAAUUUGCAUGAAACUUGGAAGACCAAAGAUUCUGAUGCUCACGACAAAUGCAUAUACCGUGUAUGUGCCCUGCUAAUUGCUACCAAAAGUGUUGAUCGUAGGUUAUUGCAUGCUUUGUGCUGGUCACCUGUGGAGAUAUUUACUGAACAAGCUAUGAGGAGUGCAAUUGCUUGUUGGCAAUGGCUACUAGCCGCAAGAGGAGAUCUUGAAUUACAAUUUUUACAAGAGAUGUCUGCAGCUUGGCAAAUGACAAUAGACAGAGAAAUGGGUUUAUUUUCACAAGAUCCCGAGGAGGUGGAUCCUUUAGCUGCACAUGAAGGAUGCAAUUUAUCUCCUAAUGGCCCAUUUAUCACUCCUCAUUCAAUAUGGGUAAAGUUUUUAUCUGAAAGACUUGAAGUUGCGAAGUAUUGCAAUAUGAAUGAAGUCGAAAUUUUCGCCAAUAUUUUGCAUCGCUCCUUGCCUGUAGCAGUUGGGAGGCCAAAUCACAACAGGCGUCACAUUUCUUCCAUGAGCACCCGCUUCAGACUUUUAUCGUGUGGACUAUCAUUGCUGCAAGGAGACAUAUUGCCUCGUACAGUGUGUAAAAAUGUUCUACGAGAAAGAAUAUAUACAGCUGCUCUGGAUCAUUUUUGUGGCCCUCCAAUGUGUCCUACUCAAAAAGGAUCUGAACUCAGAGAAGAUAUUACUACUUUAAUCAAAUUUUGGAAUAGUUUACAUACAGACAAAAAGUAUUUGAAAGCCACCAUGAUUGGAGAAGUGAAUGAAGGAUCAGGUAGUCAGAAUCUCUCUCUGAGUCUAAGUUCUGAAUGGCGUAGUAGCACGGAGUUAUCCCAAUCAAGAGCUCAGCCAACUGGAUGGAUGAAUACUAUGCCGUUAAGCAGCAACAUGUCAACUAUUUCUCGUAGAUCAUCUGGAGGGAGAUCAGGUCGACGAGAAAAGUCUGAAAAUUUUGUUAAGGGUUAUGUCAAAAAGAGGAACAUGAUAUUGGGAUUAUUGGCUGUAGAUAUAGAAUUCUUAAUAACCUGGCAUAAUCCAAUGUCUUUACCUGAAAAUCAUUUUCCUGGAGAAGAUGUUAUAUCUACUUGGCGAUCUCAAACUGUUACUGAAAGGACCUGGCGUGACACAGCCAGACUGGCUUGGGAUAUUUCGCCAGCCCUUGCUGUUUACUUACCUUGCAGGUUUUUUUUUAUUUUUUAAAAAGGUUUCCAUAAUUCUGAAGCAUUGACUGAAGAAGUAGCUAGAUUAGUUCAACUAAAUCCUGCUGCUGUGUCUCACAUACCAGAAGCUUUGCAAUAUCUCACAACUUCAGAAAGCAUUAUUAAUGAUUCUGCAGAACUAACACAUGUACUGACAUGGGCUAUAGUUCCCCCAAUCAAAGCCCUUGCAUACUUUUCUCGUCAGUAUCCUCGUCACCCAGUUACUGCACAGUAUGCUGUUCGUGUUUUGUCUUCAUUCCCACCAGAUGUGAUUUUGUUUUACAUUCCACAAUUAGUACAAGCAGUUCGACAUGACAGUAUGGGAUAUGUUACUGAAUUUAUAAAAAGUGCUUGUAAGAAGUCCCAAUUAUUAGCUCAUCAAGUUAUUUGGAACAUGAAAACUAAUAUGUAUUUGGAUGAGGAAUCUCAGCACCAGGACCCUGUGAUGUACGAACCAUUAGAGCACAUAAUGAGCAACAUUAUUGGUUCUCUUUCUGGGCCAGCAAAACUUUUUUAUGAAAGAGAAUUUGACUUCUUCAGUAAAAUUACUAAUAUAUCUGGAGAUAUAAGGCCUUAUCCUAAAGGACCUCAGCGGAAGCAAGCUUGUCUUGAUGCUCUUAGUAAAAUUAAAGUUCAACCAGGAUGCUACCUUCCAUCAAACCCGGAAGCAGUUGUUUUGGACAUUGAUUAUAAAUCCGGUACACCAAUGCAGAGUGCUGCAAAAGCUCCCUUUUUAGCAAGAUUCAAAGCUCAACACUGUGGAAUUCAUGAAAUGGAGAAUAAAGUCUUAAAUAUUGCAAAAGAAUCCAAUGAGAAAGCUGUAGUGGAAAACGUUGAAAAGGAAUAUUGGCAAGCUGCUAUCUUUAAAGUUGGAGAUGAUGUGAGACAAGAUAUGCUAGCUCUGCAAGUAAUAGCACUCUUUCAAAACAUAUUCAAGAAAGUUGGUUUGGAUCUAUUUUUAUUUCCAUAUAGAGUCGUAGCCACAGCACCUGGUUGUGGAGUAAUUGAAUGUGUUCCUAAUGCUAAAUCUCGUGACCAGCUAGGACGGCAGACAGACAUAGGAUUAUAUGAAUACUUUUUGAAAAAAUAUGGUGAUGAACUUUCAAAACCAUAUCAAGAGGCCAGAAGAAAUUUCAUCAAAAGUAUGGCUGCUUAUAGUGUUGUUGGAUUUUUACUUCAAAUUAAAGAUCGUCAUAAUGGCAACAUAAUGUUGGACACAGAUGGCCAUAUCAUUCAUAUAGAUUUUGGAUUUAUGUUUGAAAGUUCUCCAGGUGGUAACUUAGGAUUUGAACCAGAUAUCAAAUUAACAGAUGAGAUGGUGAUGAUAAUGGGUGGUAAAAUGGAAUCACAGCAUUUUAGAUGGUUUAUGGAACUAUGUGUGCAAGCUUAUUUAGCAGUCAGACCCUACAGCGAAGCGAUUGUUUCACUUGUAACACUGAUGUUGGACACUGGAUUACCUUGCUUUAGAGGCCAAACUGUAAAACUUCUUCGAUCUCGAUUUGCACCAAACUCUAGUGAAAAAGAAGCAGCAGCCUAUAUGUUGAAAAUAAUUCGAGACUCUUGCCUCAAUUUCCGUACAAGAACCUACGAUAUGAUUCAAUAUUAUCAGAAUCAAAUUCCAUAUUAGGCAUUUACUUAUGUUGUAACAAAAUGAAAAUGAAUAGAUGUAUAUUAUGUAAUUUGUUGUUGUAUUAUAUAGUUUAAUUAUCAGUGCAGUUAAAAUAUUUAACUCUU